AUGGAGGACAUCGACUGCAAUCAUGACAUUCGGAUUCAUGAAGAUUUGGGCCAUGUGUGCCGUGUGUGUGGUAUGAUUGUGAGAAGAGCUGAUUCAAUAAUUGAUUAUCAGUGGAAAAAGCCUUCAAGGAGAAAAACAAAUUGCUAUGGAGGACAUUCUAAGGAUGCUGAUGAGAUAGACUGUGAUGUUGCUAUUCAUCCUAGACAUGCUCAGACAAUGAAACUGCAUCAGUUGGAAGGUUUCAACUUUUUGGUUAAGAAUUUGUUUGGAGACAAGCCUGGAGGUUGCAUUCUUGCUCAUGCCCCAGGUUCAGGGAAAACAUUUAUGCUUAUAAGCUUCAUUCAGAGCUUCAUGGCAAGGCAUCCAUCUGCAAGGCCCCUUGUGCUGCCCAAAGGGAUACUAGGUACAUGGAAGAAAGAAAUUCAAAGAUGGCAAGUGCAGGAUAUACCAUUGUAUGAUUUCUACUCUGUUAAGGCUGACAAAAGAGUAGAACAGUUGCAAAUCCUCAAAUCUUGGGAAGACAAGAUGAGUAUACUGUUUCUUGGAUACAAGCAGUUCUCCACAAUUGUCACUGAUGAUGGGGGCAGCAACGUCACUGCUGCAUGUCGGGACAGGCUGCUUAAGGUUCCCAACCUUCUGAUACUUGACGAGGGUCAUACACAUAGAAAUCGGGAGACUGAUGUACUAGAAUCGCUAAAUGGAGUGGAAACACCACACAAAGUGGUUCUUUCAGGUACACUUUUCGAGAAUCACGUUGAGGAAGUAUUUAAUAUCUUGAAUCUUGUUCGCCCAAAGUUUCUCAGGAUGGAAUCAUCCUGUCCUAUUGCCAGACUUAUAAUGAGUCAAGUUGAGAUAUCUGGUAGAGGUUCAAAAGGGUUUGCUGAUGCCGCAUUCACUGAGGCAGUUGAAGGAACCUUGUUGAAUGAUGAAAACUUCAAGAGAAAAGCACAUGUUAUUAGAGGUCUUAGAGAACUAACAAAGGAUGUGCUUCACUAUUAUAAGGGUGAUAUCUUAGAUGAACUGCCUGGCUUAGUAGAUUUCAGCGUGUUUUUGAAGCUCACACCCAAGCAGAAAGACAUUAUUUGCAACAAGUUGGAAACUCAUGAUAGAUUAAAAAAAUGCAGUAGGGAGUGCAAGAGAAAGUACUUGCUUUCAGUCAAUGAGUUUUUUUUUGAAAGGCUACUGGUUAAGAUGAAGGGCUGGCAUGUGGGGAAAGAGAUUUUUAUGAUCUCUGGUGAUACUAGUCAAGAAGACAGAGAAGUGGCAGUGGACCAUUUUAACAACUCUGCUGAUGCAAAAGUUCUGUUUGGUUCUAUCAAGGCAUGUGGAGAGGGCAUCUCCCUCGUCGGUGCAUCGAGAGUUGUCAUUCUAGAUGUACACCUGAACCCAUCUGUCACCCGUCAAGCGAAUGGGCGUGCAUUCAGGCCCGGACAGCGGAAGAAGGUGUUUGUAUACAGGCUUGUAGCUGCCGAUUCUGAUGAGGAAAAGGUCCAUGAGACAGCAUUCAAGAAAGAAGUCAUACCGAAGUUGUGGUUUGAAUGGAGUGAUCACUGUACUACGGAAGACUUCAAGCUUGGUCAAGUUGAUACUGAUGACUCUGGGGACGAACUAUUGGAUACUAAAGCAAUCCGCCAGGAUAUCAAAGUGCUGUAUAGAAGGUGA